AUGGUAGCAUCAACUAUUAUCACUCUUUCAGGCCAGGCGCUCCUCAACAAGUUCGCCAUCGGCCUAGCAGGUGAAGCUGGGACAUGGGUCUUCAAACAGAUUCUGCACUCGGCCUCCGGUGGUAGCGACGCAGACAAGAUCCGACGAGACAUCUCCGGAGCCGUCACAGAAAUGAAGGAACUGAAACGGACCGUGGACACUCUGUCACGAGAGCUUCCCGAGGCUCUUCUCCAACUACGAAGCGAUAACCUGAGGGAAUCUCUUACCAAGAUAGAGACUAUGUACGACACAAUUACCGACCUGAUUGAAACGGCUGUCACUCUCCCCGAGGAUAUCUCGGAUGCAGAACGAGAUAAAAAGCUUAUGGCGAUUCAAACUCGUUUAGAAGAUCGCCUUAGGAUGUUCUCUAACGAUAUACCUGGUAUUCUCGACCGCAUCAACGAUUUUCUAGCAGAAGACGGGCCAAGGUCGUUUCUCCGUCAGGCCGUCCAGAAAGCCUUCGACAGCUCUGAUGACUUCGUAAGCUACUAUGAAAAGAGCAAGACUUCAAUGCUGAGCUACUGGGUGGUGGUAGUUAAGGGAAUUGCCCUUUUGCAAAUGGCUUACGAUGCUCCAAACGUGGACUUUUCCGAAGGCAUGCUUACAAUCCGACGCCAGAAGGAUAAGCUCGACAGGCAAGAGCAGACUUUCAAAGCAGUUGUCGGAGAAAAUACUGUCCGACUGGUCAAUAGCGCUCUCUCGGAGUAUUUCCCUACUAACGUCUCCCUUCUUACUCAUGAGGGGUUGUGGAUGGGCCCAAGACUCAUCGGUCCCAUUUUUGUCAGCUGGUCUUACGGGUCUGAAUCGAACAGGAUAGCUCUCCAUGGGAGAUCAGGAGACACAUAUAGAGACAGGGCGCGAUCGCAGUGGGAAAUCAUCUUCGGACAGUGCAUGCAGCAUGACGGACCAAACGUUUUCCUGGUCCCAAAUGACAGCCAAUGUCCCAGUCAUUCUAUUCUGUGGUUUGUAAAGCCUGUGUGUCCUGGUUCAGAUCGAUAUACUAUCAGGGCCGCUCAAGACAUGACGGGAAGCUCUGGCCCUUUUCGUGGCAGCCGUUGGCAGCCUGAUUUAGGUAUCCUACGACCUUUUAUCUUCAGAUCUGGUUUCCUUGGAUCGCAUUUAGUUGCGAGAGAUGUCCUAAAAUUGGAAGAUUAUGUCAGUCCUAGCGAUACUGGCAGAGAGUUCCAGAUAAAGGUCUAA